GAACGACUACUUUUUUUUUUACUGUUGUCUUUAGGAUAUGCCAGAAUCUUUAGAAUUACCAGCGGAAUAUGCGCGUUACCACCGACUACUUACAAUUGGGAAUUUUACUGCUAGUUUAUCGUCCCAGCAACAAAAGGCUCUAGGCAGAUUCCAGAGGAGACUACCCAGAGUGCCGCUGGACCGGAGACCAAAAAGGAGCUGGAGAGAGUGGAGGCGGAACUGGAGCAAGAUAGGCAACCCCCCCCCAAGGGAAGCCCCACCCUACUGCGGAAGUGCAGUGAAUGCCAUCUGUGAUGAACUCUCAUGAAGCCGCACACGGGAGCUGACGUCCGCAGGAGACACCACUGCAGACCCAGGACAGUAGAGGAGCAGGGUCUUCUUCAAACACUGGAGACUUACCCUCCCCCUGACCCAAAUAACAUCCCACAUCAGUCACCAGCAAUGUCCAGUCGCAGGAAAUCCUCCACCCCCUGCAUGAUCCGGGUUAGUGACAUAAUAGAGCAGGAUGACUCUGAAGAAAUGGAAGUGUCCACUGCCAAUGUGACCAACAAUGGGUCUUCAGAGUCUGUGGAAAAUCAAGACCAUACAGUACAAGACACUAUAGAAGAUCUAGGAAGUGAGAUUGAAACAAAAGUUGUGGCGGAAGCUGAUCCUAUGCCCCAACUGAGGCAGCAUGGAAGUUAUGAGUGCAAAUACUGUCCUUUCUCCACCCAGAAACUCAACGACUUCAAAGAGCACGUAGACUCCAGUCACCCCAAUGUCAUACUCAACCCCCUCUAUCUGUGUGCUGUGUGCAACUUCAGCACCAAAAAGUUUGACUCUCUUACAGACCACAAUGAGACCCAACACCCUGGAGAGACCAACUUCAAGUUCAAGAGGGUAAAAAUAAAUAACCAGACUGUCUUGGAGCAGACAAUCGAAGGCAAGACCAAUUCAGUUCUCUGCAAUACUGUAGACGGAAACGGCGUUGUCACUUUUCCACCGAGCAAACCAAUUACGGGGAAUAUCGGAAAGCCAAACAUGGACAACAUACAGUCCCUCUACCAAGGGAAUGAUUUGGAAAAGAGGUUGCAAAACUUUAUUCCAAAAGAUCAAAUCACAGCUGUGAACAUAAACGGCACAAUGAUCAUCCCUGAACCAACAAUCAUUCAAGGGCUUUCGUAUGUAAUGCCAUUGCUUCAAAGACCACCCAACUUCUGUUCUGUACCAACAAUUGCUGUUCCUCUGAACUCUACCAAAUAUAAUCCUUCACUGGAUAAUAACACAACCCUAAUGACAUCUUUUAACAAAUUCCCUUACCCAACUCAUGCUGAGCUGUCCUGGCUAACUGCUGCGUCCAAGCACCCAGAGGAGCAAAUAAAGGUGUGGUUCACUACCCAAAGGCUAAAGCAAGGCAUCACCUGGUCACCAGAGGAAGUCGAGGAAGCCAGGAAGAAAAUGUUUAAUGGCUCCAUCCCACCCAUACAUCAGACCUUCACCGUUCUGCCUACCCCAAUUUCUCAGCCUGCCAAAGCCACCCAGCCCCUUAUUCAGACUAGCUUUGGGCAGUCUAAUCUAGUACUGACAAGUAUUGCUAAUGGAUCAACCAUGACCUGUGCUCCUGUUGCAGUGACUGUUGCCAGUUUUGUGCAACCUCUCAAGCGACCCCUGACAACUCCUUCAUUCGCCCCAGAAUUAAAGCGCCCCAUGGCGGCCCCUGCAGAAGACCCAAAGGAGAAGAUACUAAUGGCCCCCCCUCCAGUUCCACAAAAAGAGAGACUUCCCAUGGCCCCACCCCCAGUGCCCCCAGAAUUAAAGAGAUCUGUAGCAUUUCCUAUUAUCGCCUCGGAGAUGAAAAGGUCCUUGGCAGCACCUCUCAUGGUUUCUAAAGGAAAACUGCCCUUGGCCACUCCACUUGUGAACCACAAAAACAAGCUGCCAAUGGCACCUUCUCCAGUCUUCCCUAAGAUGAAGAGACCUAUUGUCACCCCUCAAUUCAAGAGUUACAUGCUGCCGCCUCCAUUAGUUUCCAAAGACAAACUUCCAAUCACCCACUCUCUAUUGGCUUCAGACUUAAAGUUACCAAUCUCACCCCCUCUCAUUGCCCCUCAAGUGAGGAGGCCAACAAUAAUCCAGUCCGUGUGGACUCCCCUCAAGGGCCCGUUCCAACUCCCUAGCCUUUACCAAGACAGCAAGAAAACAAAAACGCAAAUAACAGAGAUGAAGACCAGAUAUGUCAGAGGACGUCUCUCAGAGGACAAAGUGCUCACCCCUCUUGGGGAAGCCAAUGGUGUCUCUCGUGGGGAUGCAAAGUGGGUUCAUGACCAAGGGCCUCAUGCACAGAACGGCAUUCUACAGUUGUACAACGAGCUAGCAUCAAAACCAGAACAGCAACAAUCAGUUCAGACUCAAUUUCCACUCUUGGAGAGAAUGAAAGGGAAGACUUCUGAGCAGUUGAAGAUUCUAGAAGAGAACUUCCAGAGAAACAGCUCUCCAACAUACAAUGACGUUGACAAUCUAGUGACUGCAACCCAACUGUCGCGGGAGGAAAUUGACAGCUGGUUUUUAGAGCGCCGGGCGCUGCGUGACAACCUUGAACAAGCUCUUCUAAACUCCAUGGGCUCAAAGAGACUCGACGUUGAUAAGCGUCAGCAACAACACGGACCGCUGAAUGGUGUGCACAAGCAAGGUGGCCAUCCAAGAAGCUCUCCCUUUGCCAUCAUUGCCCCCACCACUACUUGCUCAGUGCCUCUAGACAGCAAAUCCUUGGCUCUUCUGAAGGAUGUUUUUGCACAAACUCGGUGGCCUUCCCCUGAAGAAUACAAUCAGCUUGAGGCCCAGACAAGCCUGGCUCGCACAGAAAUCGUCCGCUGGUUCAAGGACAGUAGGUCAGCACUGAAGAGUGGGACCUUGGAGUGGAUGGAGUUUUUCCAUAAACUGAACAGCAGUGGGCAAAAUGGCGAGGGGGCGCUACUGAGCACAGAGAAUGCUUUCAACAUAAUCCAGCGCUACCAGGAAGUAAAGUCACCCAAGGUGGAGGAUAUUGGGAGGCUAACGGAGCAUGCCAGUCUUAGCAGCCAGGAGAUCAAGGAAUGGUUUGCCAGCAAAUUGAGACAAAACACAUCUGAUAUCAGCCAGAAUUGUGGCCAAAAUGGAGGCUCUCGAGAGGGGUUCGGGAGCUGGAUGGAGGAAACCAAGGGGAUGGAUGCACGCAUGGGUGCUAAGGAGCUGGUCUCGGACAAAGACAGGAUGAUGGAGGAUGCUUCUGGAAGGGUGACUGGAUAAAGGGUGAGAACCAUUGCCACUGUCAGUUGCACACAGGAGCUGAAAAGGAAAGAGUUUAAUUAUUGAAUAUUGUAUUUUCUGAACAAAUUAUUUCUUGCUUGUUCCAUCCCAGUUUGUGCCCAACAUUUCCUCAAGGUUGAGUUAACUUUGUAGAAUGUUUUCAAAAACAUGGUGGUAAUGUUGUGUGUGAUUUAGGAUGAGGUAGAAGGCACAGUGCACUGAAUGUGUGCCUGAAGCACUGACCAGGUGGUGAUCGUUGAGUGCCAAAGCUGGAUUUGCUGUGUUAUUACACUUUUAAAAAAAGGGUUCUUGUAAAUAUAUUUUUUCUGUGUUGCUACAGAUUUGUACAAUUUUGGGGGAAUUUUGUUACAUUUUAUAAUGGGAGCAACUUGCCCCUUUUUUUCGCUCCAGCGGAUCUUAGUGGUCUGUCCUACAUUUUGUAAUGAAACACCAUGAACCACUACAACCGUUGGCAAUACUUAGUCCAUUUUGCAAUGCUGAACUUCCGUUGCAGUUCCCUCCUGUCAGGUGGACUUAUAUCAAAUCAAACUAUUUACGGUUCUGAAGUGCUAUUGUACUCCCUGGACUCUAAGCCAACCUGCACUUUGGUAAGGAACAUGCUUGUUUGACCAAGUGAUGUUGUGGAUCAUUGUUAGAGAAAAGAAACGGUCAGUGGCAAAACCAGAAAGAAAUAAUCACAUUGAAACAAAUCCAGAAUCAUGCUGCCUGCCUGUAUCAUACUCUAAUCUUUCUCUUUUGAUUUAUUUGUUGUCCUGCAAAUGAACAUACACAUCUGUAAUAGCCUUUAUACCUACGUACAUGUUGACUUAAUAUAAGUAGUGCUAGUUCCAUUCCGACAUUAGAAACAAACCAAUACAAGCUCUUUAUGUACCGCUUUAGUGUCAUGGUCAGGACAUAGUGCCUUCGAGAAAGUAUUCAGACCCCUUGACUUUUUCCACAUUUUGUUACGUUACAGCCUUAUUCUAAAUUUGAUAAAAAUAAAACAUUUCAGUAAUCUGCACUAGAGGUCGGCCGAUUAUGAUUUUUCAACGCCGAUACCGAUUUAUUGGAGGACCAAAAAAGCCGAUACCGACCCUCUUGGGUCGACCCGGGACGCAUACGUCCCAUCUAGACAUCUGGAAAUGCAAAUGCGCUACGCUAAAUGCUAAUAGCACUCGUUAAAACUCAAACGUUCAUUAAAACACACAUGCAGGGUACUGAAUUAAAGCUACACUCGUUGUGAAUCCAGCCAACAAGUCAGAUUUUUAAAAUGCUUUUCGGCAAAAGCAUGAGAAGCUAUUAUCUGAUAGCAUGCAACACCCCAAAAGACCCGCAGGGGACGUAAACAAAAUAAUUAGCAUAGUUGGCGCUACACAAAACGCGGAAAUAAAAUACUAAACAUUCAUUACCUUUGCCAAUCUUCUUUGUUGGCACUCCUAGAUGUCCCAUAAACAUCACUAUUGGGUAUUUUUUUCGAUUAAAUCGGUCCAUAUAUAGCCUAGAUAUCGAUCUAUGAAGACUGUGUGAUCAAGGAAAAAAACAGCGUUUUAUAACGCAACAUCAUUUUUUUUAAUUAAAAAAGUUGACGAUAAACUUUCACAAAACACUUCGAAAUACUUUUGUAAUGCAACUUUAGGUAUUAGUAAACGUUAAUGAUCUAUCAAAUUGAUCACGAUGUAUAUUCAAUAGCGAUGUAUAUUCAAUAGCUCCACGUCUUCAAAUCAUGUUCAGAAAUGUCUACUCCAAAACAUCCUGUCGGAGACCGGAGGAAAUGGGCUGUCUCUUGUUCGUUUGACCAAGAAACAAAGCCUAGGCAAUUGACAAGACUGGUGACAUCGUGUGGAAGCUGUAGGAAUUGCAAUCUCGGCUCCAGGUAAUUUGGUUUCCAUUCAACAAUACAUGCAAGUGGCGCAUUGAUACUUUUUCCAGUUUUCAGUGAUCAGUUUUUCUUCCGCUUUUCGAUGAAACGCAGGCUCUGUUAUAGUCACAGCCGUGAUUUAACCAGUUUUAGAAACGUCAGAGUGUUUUCUAUCCACACAUACUAAUCAUAUGCAUAUACUAUGUUCCUGGCAUGAGUAGCAGGCCGCUGAAAUGUUGCGCGAUUUUUAACAGAAUGUUCGAAAAAGUAGGGGGUAGGAUUAACAGGUUAAUCGGCCGGUUAUUUUUUUUAUUUUUAUUUUAUGUAUUACAUUAAUGACAAUUACAACAAUACUGAAUGAACACUUAUUUUAACUUAAUAUAAUACAUCAAUAAAAAUCCAUUUAGCCUCAAAUAAAUAAUGAAACAUGUUCAAUUUGGUUUAAAUAAUGCAAAAACAAAGUGUUGGGGAAGAAAGUAAAAGUGCAAUAUGUGCCAUGUAAAAAAAACUAACGUUUAAGUUCUUUGCUCAGAACAUGAGAAAAUAUGAAUGCUGGUGGUUCCUUUUUUUAAAUGAGACUUAAAUAUUCCAAGGUAAGAGGUUUUAUGUUGUAGUUAAUAUAGUAUUUAUAGGACUAUAGGACUACUUCUCUCUAUACCAAUUUGUAUUUCAUAUACCUUUAACUAUUGCAUGUUCUUAUAGGCACUUUAGUAUUGCCAGUGUAACAGUAUAGCUUCCGUCCCUUCUCCUCGCCCCUGCCUGGGCACGGACCAGGAAAACAUUGACAACAGUCACCCUCGAAGCAUCGUUACCCAUCGCUCCACAAAAUCCACGGCCCUUGCAGAGCAAAGGGAACAACUACUCCAAGUCUCAGAGCAAGUGACGUUUGAAACGCUAUUAGCGCGCACCCCGCUAACUAGCUAGCCAUUUCACAUCGGUUACACCAGCCUAAUCUCGGGAGUUGAUAGGCUUGAAGUCAAAAACAGCUCAAUACUUGAAGCACAGAGAAGAGCUGCUGGCAAAACGCACGAAAGUGCUGUUUGAAUGAAUGCUUACGAGCCUGCUGCUGCCAACCACCGCUCAGUCAGACUGCUCUAUCAAAUCAUAGACUUAAUUAUAAGAUAACACACAAAGACAAACCUUUGGCCAUUUUAAUAUGGUCGAAUCAGGAAACUAUCAUUUCAAAAACAAAACGUUUAUUUAAUUGAAAUACGGAACCGUUCCAUAUUUUAUCAAACGGGUGGCAUCCCUAAGUCUAAAUAUUGCUGUUACAUUGUACAACCUUCAAUGUUAUGUCCUGAUUACGUAAAAUUCUGGCAUAUUAGUUCGCAACAUGCCAGGCGGUCCAAAUUGUUGCAUAUACCCUGACUCUGCGUGCAAUGAACGCAAGAGAAGUGACACAAUUUCACCUAGUUAAUAUCGCCUGCUAACCUGGAUUUCUUUUAGCUAAAUAUGCAGGUUUAAAAAUAUAUGCUUCUGUGUAUUGAUUUUAAGAAAGGCAUUGGUGUUUAUGGUUAGGUACAGUCGUGCAACAAUUGUGCUUUUUUCGGCAAAUGUGCUUUUGUUAAAUCAUCCCCCGUUUGGCGAAGUUGGCUGUCUUUGUUAGGAAGAAAUAGUCUUCACACAAUUCUCAAACGAGCCAGGCGGCCCAAACUGCUGCAUAUACCCUGACUCUGUUGCAAGAGAAGUGACACAAUUUACCUAGUUAAAAUAAUUCAAAGGUUUGAAAAAUAAAUAAAUACCGCUUUCCGAUUAUGAAAACUUGAAAUCGGCCCUAAUUAAUCGGCCAUUCCAAUUAAUUGGUCGACCUAUAAUCUGCACACAGUACGCCAUAAUGGCAAAGUGAAAACAGGUUUUUAGAAAUGUUUGCAAAUGUAUUAAACAUUUCUUCAGCAUUGAAUAUCUCCAAGAACACAGUGGCCUCCAUUCUUAAAUGGAAGACGUUUUGAAUCACCAAGACUCUUUCUAGAGCUGGCUGCCUGGCCAAACUGAUCAAUCGGGAGAAGUGCCUUGGUCAGGGAGGUGACCAAGAACCCGAUGGUCACUCUGAAAGAGCUCCAGAGUUCCUCUGUGGAGAUGGUUGUCCUUCUGGAAGGUUCUCUCAUCUCUGCAGCACUCCACCAAUCAGGCCUAUAUGGUAGAGGGGCCAGACGGAAGCCACUCCUCAGUAAAAGGCACAUGACAGCCUGCUUGGAGUUUGCCAAAUGGCACCUAAAGACUCAUACCAUGAGAAUCAAGAUUCUCUGGACUGAUGAAACCAAGUUUCAACACUUUGGCCUGAAUGCCAAGUUUCACGUCUUGUCGGAAACUUGGCACCAUCCCUACGGUGAUGCAUGGUGUUGGCAGCAUAAUGCUUUGGAUGUUUUUCAGUAGCAUAGACUGGGAGACUAGUCAGGAUCAAGGCAAAGAUAAAAAGAGCAAAGAUUCGAGAGAUCCUUGAUGAAAACAUGCUCAGGACCUCCGACUAGGGUGUAGGUUCAACUUCCAACAUGACAACGCCCCUAAGCACACAGCCAAGACAAUGCAAGAGUGUCUUCGGGACAAGUCACUGAAUGUCCUUGAGUGGUCCCGCCAGAGCCCGGACUUGAACCUGAUCGAACAUCUCUGCAGAGACCUGAAAAUAGCUGCGCAGCAACACUCCCCAUUCAACCUGGCAGAGCUUGAGAGGAUCUGCAGAGAAGAAUGAGAGAAACUCCCCAAAUACAGGUGUGCCUAGCCUGUAGUGUCAUACCCAAGAAGACUCAAGGCUGUAAUCCCUGCCAAAGGUUUUCAACAAAGUACUGAGUAAAGGGUCUGAAUACUUCUGUAAAUAUGAUAUUUCAGGUUUUUUAAUUAGCAAAAAUGUACCUGUUUUUACAUUCUCAUUCUGGGGUAUUGUGUGUAGAUUGGGGGUAUAUUGGACUAAUCCAAUUUAGAUUAAGGCUGUAACUUUACAAAAUGUGUAAAGUCAAGGGGUCUGAAUACUUUCCGAAGGCACUGUAUAACAAGAAAUACUCCACUUAUACCAAGAUCCUGCUUACUCUUUUCAAAAACCAGUUACUCUUUUCAAAAACCAGUUGUCUGCUGUAAUCCAAUAAAACAGAGCCUUUUUAAAGGUAACUCGC